UCAAAAGAAACAUUUCUAUAUAUAAAAUGCACCAGUCAUGUGCUGUCUGACAAAGGUUUGUACUGUAACUGGCUGCAGCCAUGUUUUAAACAAUAUGUCACAAUUUCCUUGAGACAGUCAUCGAUUCCCACUACGGCUCUGUUUGCAUUUGUCUGAAGUCUCCAAGGCCUCAGUUCCUGAAAUAAUAACUUCUUCUUUCUGAUCCUCAUCAUCUGGAUGAACGUAGCAAAACGAGACUGAGGAGGACUGUUCAGCAGAAGGUUCUCUCUCUUGGUUGCAGGAGUUGUGCUGCCUCCUUUCAUUUGCUGCAAAUAUGGAUCAAAUGCCUUUGAUUACUACAACAGAAGAUUACUAUGUGAGUGAAUCUUUUUAUGAUGAUUAUGAUUAUAAUGAGACUGAGAACACAACCUUUGAUGUAAGCAGGACGCGUGCAGUUCCGUGCUUGAAGGAGGCCGCUUACGCCUAUGUGUUUGCUCAGAAUUACUGUCCUGUGGUCUACAGCCUGGUGUUCCUCUUGGCUGUCGUGGGCAACAGCCUGGUGCUGUGUGUCAUCAGGCGCUACCGAAAGACUCAGAGAGGCGGGGCCUGUGCCUUCUCGCUGACUGACACCUUUCUGCUUCACCUGGCCAUUUCUGACCUGCUGCUGGCCUUCACCCUGCCCCUGUUUGCAGUGCAGUUGGCGAACCAGUGGGUGUUCGGCUUGGUCGUUUGCAAGAUCUCUGGCGCCCUGUUCUCCCUGAACCGCUACAGCGGCAUCCUGUUCCUGGCCUGCAUCAGCUUUGACAGAUACCUAGCCAUUGUUCAUGCUGUCAGCUCUACCUGGAAACGCAACACCUACCAUGCUCAGAUUGCAUGUAGCUUCAUCUGGAUUAUCUGUUUGGGCCUCAGUGUAGUGGAGAUUGCCUUCAGGCAGGUAGUAAAAACAGACACUUUGGCCGGCCUGACGGUGGAUCGGUGUGAGGUCUGGUACACUGAGAACACCACACAGUGGCAGGUGGGGCUUCACCUGCUCAGCAUAAUCCUAGGUUUUGGUCUCCCCCUGCUCAUCAUGCUUUACUGCUACAUCCGCAUCUUCCGGUCAUUGUGCAAUGCCUCUCGACGCCAAAAACGCAAGUCUCUUCGACUUAUCAUCUCACUGGUGUCAGUGUUUGUCAUCUGCUGGGCCCCGUACAAUGGCUUCCAGCUGACGGACUGUCUGCAUCGGCUGGGCCUGGUGAUGGGAAGCUGCCAGCUCAAUCAGGUCCUGGACAUUGGGACUCUGAUUACUGACAGUGUGGGACUGUUGCACUGUGCCCUGAACCCUCUGCUGUACGGCUUUGUGGGAGUGAAAUUCAGGAGGGAGCUGGUCAAAAUGUGCAAGGGGCUGGUGGGACAGAGCGGCUGGAUGGGGAUGGAGUCAUGGAAGGGCCGUGGCCGUAAGAGAAGUGGAGGAUCGUUCAUUUCUACAGAAAGUGAAAAUACCACCUAUUCUGUCAUGGUGUGAAACAGAUUUUAGGGAAGUGUCCAUGGGCAGGGGGGGACAGAGAAGAAAAGUGUGAAGAUUUAGAUUUACUCAGUUCUUUUCAGUUUUCAGCAGGAAACGUUCAUUGAUGUCCUUUUACCCCCGGUGCUUUGCUGUCAGGUUGUAGGAGUCAUGCAGCUUAUAAUUAUAUCUUAUGUCUUGUUUUUAAAAGAUACUGGAGUAAAGUUCUUACGUACCCACACUGAAAGUGCUGAUGUAACUCCUCGAUAAGAGGAUGUUGAUUUGUGUGUGAGUGAGUUUGUUAAAUGUUGUGAAAUAUUUAGAUUUCUUCAUACUUGUAGAAACACUUGGUAAGCAGUUAAAGUGUAGGCUGUGGAGAAUGUCACGUUCUCACGGUUUGUUUAGUUGGGGUCAAUUUUUAUAUAGCUUCUAAUUCUUGUGUUUCAUUCAUAAAAGAGUAAAGAUUUGUUGUAUGGAUUAAAAACAUUGUACAUCUUGAAAUUGUUAUACAUGUUAUUCAUUUUGUGUUGUAUUAUAUCUUUUUUCCUUAUUUUUGCAGUGAGUCACUAUAUUUCUCUAUAUAGUAGAGUGAAAUGAAAAUGAUGUACUUGUAUCUUUAAAACACAAGCAUUUUUUGUAAUGUGUUAAGAUUUUUAUAAUAAAUAUUUUUGAAUCAAAAAAGU